AUGAGCGGCCCCAUCAACAUCGGAUCUGACGGCGAGUGGCAGACGUUGCUGUCAGGAACCACCGUCGUCGUCGCAGAUUUCUACGCCGAUUGGUGCGGUCCCUGCAAGAUGAUUGCGCCGCACUUUGAGCGCCUCUCCAAGGAGCACUCGCGCCCGAACAAGGUGGCCUUUGCCAAGGUCAACGUCGACAACCAAGCCAACAUCGCCCGCAGCCAAGGCGUCACUGCCAUGCCCACGUUCAAGAUCUUCCACAACGGCACGGCCGUCGAGACCAUCCGCGGCGCCAACCCGUCAGCCUUGACCGAAGCCAUCACAAAGGCCGUCUCGCUCAGCGACGGUGGCAAAGUCGAGGACGUAUUCAAGACGCCCGGCAGGACACUCGGUGGCGAUGGUCCCAUCCCCGGCCAGGGCCGUCACUGGAGCGUGACGCUGUUGCUCAACAUCAUCAUGAUGUUUGUCGGGCUGUAUCUCACGUCUUUAUUUUCGAUUGAUUCGUACAAGGCGGCGGAACAGUCCAUGUUCAAUCCGAAGAGACAGCAGCCACCGUUGAAGCCGGCAUCGGCUGGAGGGCCGGCACCAGCAGGGAGCGCUCGGGCGCAACAACAAAACAUUGCUCUUCACGAGCCAACAGAUGUAUCAAAGAGCCAAUCUUUGGAGGAUAUUGAAAAGGUUGUUCGAGAAGCAAAACAACGCUUUCGAGACACGCUUCCAAAGGGCUAUCUCAACGACGAGGAGUAUGCGCUGUACGAACGGCUUUAUGGCCCACCACUUCACACUAUUGAGGAGUCACCAGGGUACGUCGAUGCGGUGGCAAGAAACCCAAGGGAGCAUGAGGCAUUGCAGAGAUUGAUGCAAGACUUCAAGGCCGCGCAACAAAAACAAAUAGAAGAUGAAAUUGCAGCAGCUAGAGAAGAAGCCGAAGCAGAGCAGGAAGCAUAUGAAAUGGACGAAGAGGAUGAACUAUUUGAUCAACCAGAACAGACUACGGAUAGCCUAGAGAGGGACAUGAGCCUAGGCGAGACGCGGAGAUUCCAUCCUUUCACAUUGCAAGGCAGAUUCCAUGGAAGCCCAGUCGAAAUUGCGCUACCUCAAAGCGCACUCGUUACACCCAUUCGGGACCUUUUGGAUCGAACUCAUUUGAGCCACGUCAAGACGGCCGCCGAAGCAGCCUUUGGUGGACAAGGACUGCCGACUUCACCAUCAACACCGGAAGGAAGAAAAAAUGGGCAGAUGGGUGGCGUUGGCUUGCCCCCUGAUCAAAGACACAUGACGGAAAUUGAGGCAGAUGCGUUCCUAGCUGGUUAUCUCCCCCCUGCUUAUGCCUCUGUCACCUCAGUUUUGCGAGAAGUGCGGAAGCGGCUAGGCAGUGACUGGAUUCAACAGCGACUCAAAAAGAAGGAAAACGCAGGGCUCAGUGUAUUGGACGCUGGAGCUGGUGGAGCUGGCCUCGUUGCCUGGGAGCAAAUCCUCAAUACGGAGUGGGAUCUAUUAAGAGAAAAGGGCGAGGUAACGGGUUCGCAGCCCCCAGGGAGAAAGACUGUCAUCACUGGAUCAGAUCGCCUGCGUCACAGGCUGAAAAACUUCCUCCACAAUACAACCUUUUUGCCUCGGUUGCCAGAUUACGAACACUCGGGAGAGAUGCAAGGCGAGCAUCUCGAUGCUGGCAGUAAGCCGCAGCCUCGAAAAAGCUAUGAUCUCAUCAUCGCUUCUCAUCUCUUCCUCAAGGAGAAGCAGGAUCAUUACCGUCAGGCCAUCCUGAACAACCUAUGGACUCUACUGAAUAAAGAUGGCGGAGUACUCAUCGUUAUUGAAAAGGCCCACCCCCGAGGGUUUGAAGCUGUCGCUCAUGUCAGAGAUACACUUCUGAAGCAGUUUCUUCUACCUCAAAAUGGCGAGCCCAGUAUCCCGACGGAAGAGCUCAACCCAGCGUUCCACAAGGAGCGGGAAGCAGGCCACAUUAUUGCACCAUGCACUAACCAUGGAACAUGUCCUAUGUAUAAAGAAGCCGGGAAGAGCAAGGGUCGAAAGGACUAUUGCUACUUCAACCAGCGAUUUACACGACCCACCUUUUAUACCAAGAUGCUGGGCAACAGCUCAAACAACCAGGGCGAAGUAGAGUUUAGUUAUGUGGCGAUACAGCGUGGCCGCUCAAAGAGGGACCAGCUUCCGGGAUGGAAGGCCACUGAACUGGCAUUUGCAGGAUACGAAAAUUCCCAGGAGAGUCCGGAUAUGCAGACUUUGCCCAGAAUGGUCUUGCCGCCAUUAAAACGCAAAGGUCACGUCACUCUGGAUGUCUGCACGCCUGAAGGCAAGAUUGAACGAUGGACGGUGCCCAAGAGCUUCAGCAAACUCGCCUACCACGAUGCAAGAAAAUCGCACUGGGGCGAUCUCUGGGCCCUAGGAGCCAAGACGAAAGUUUCUCGAAGCGUUCGAGUAGGCAGCGGAGUAGAUGAUGGAGGCAAGCGAGCCGAAGGCGGCAAGAAGCCUCGCAAGGUCGAGAUUACAAUGGACGGAGGCCGUCUGUCGGCAAACGAGAAGAAUGCGCGCAAGGAACGCCGGACCAAGGGCAAGCGGGCUAAGCAAACCGACCUGAUCAAGGAGAUCUUGGAGAUGGAGGACCUAGAAGAGCAAGAGAUUGAGAGAGAGAUGGACGCAGAGGUGGAGGAAGAGUUGAGAUUGGAAGAGGAAGACAAGGGCAGGAAGAGGUGA